GAUAUCAGUAACAACACAGUUUCUCCAGCACUACUCUGUGCCUUCGAAAUAUACGGUUGUCGAGACGAUAGUCAUCUUUACAUCUGAAACCGCCAUUUUGAAGCGUAUGCCGGUUUAAUGUAUUCCAAUCCAUUUAUUUGUUGCAUACAUUGUUAUAAGAAAACCAUAUAAUGUCAGCAUUUGAAAAAGAUUCUUCAGAGUAUGAUGGACAUGAAUCUUCUGAUUUUCCCAAGAUGUCUGAGCAAUUAACAGAUUCAAAUAGUUUGCAAUCGGGAAAGACUUAUGAAGGAGAAAAAAAUUCUGGAAGUUUGUUUCCUCCAGUUUCUCAAGAAACGACACCUGUUUGCACACAGAAUGUUAAUACUUCUGUCGCUGAUGACCACCACACUCAGGAUGAUAACCAGGCUGUUUCAUGUGGGAAGUGUGAAGAUUUAGCUAAUCCUGGUCCUUGUACUUCCAGUAAUAAUCAUUCAAGUGUGAAUACUACGACUUCCUUAGAGAAUCGUGUAUGUCAUAAGCAGGAAGUGAGGGAUAAACCAUUUUUUACGUCUCGUGCUGUUAUUUUCGAGCAAUGUGCGAAUGAUUUUUGUCAAAAAACUCAAAAUGUGUGCAUAUUAAAAUUAAAGGAGAUAGCUGAUGAGGCAUUUUCGAGGGAACCUCGUCUGAAAGAUAUGACUGUGAGGGACUACUUCCAAUCCCCUGGAUUGGCGGGUAUUCUUUCUGAUUACUUAAAUGAUUGUGUUGGUAUACCUUCUAAUUAUCAAGAUGUCAAUAAAGGGUAUGAUUUUCCAGAAAAUUUUGAAACAGAAAAGCUGUUGAAUGUUAUAAAGAGUUUUGUACAUUGUGUCAUUUUUCAUAUAAUUCCAAAAGAUGGGCCGAUACCUAUUAAUGUAUCAUAUUCACAAAUAAUGAAUGCUAUAGUGCACAAAAUGUCAGUUAGGGAGGGUGCAAUUACCUUAUGCAUAUUUGGAAAGAUGUCUUCAUUGGAAAUGAUUAAAGUGGAUAAUGUGUUGUCAAAAUUAAAUUUCGUUGCUUUACUUGUGAUAUUUGAUGAAUAUAAACGCAGGCAAAUUACUUAAAUAUAAAGAACUGAAACAUGGUUAUUUUAUGUUUUAUAAUUUUUAAUUUGUAUGGUUUGAUGAUUAAAUUGUUCUUCGAAUAAUAUUUGAAUACAUAAAUUGCUUGAAUUUUUCAUUAUAUCUGGUUCCCACGUCGUUCUGUGUAGACAUGUAACCAUGUGUCUCUAGGAUAUUUGUUUUCAUUUGUAGAUAGAGCAAGGCAUGAACUUGUUGUACAUACAUUGCUUGAAUUUUUCAUUAUAUCUGCCUGUAAUUCCAUUUAUUGAUGUAUAAAGUGUUCAUGUUUCUUUUACUUCUGAAAUGCAUCUGUCUGCGGAAAGCCGUUAACUUUAAUGCUAUAUGAAUAAUCUGAAUUUCGCCAUUGUAACAGGUGGAAUGAGCACCGUUUGUUGCAUAGCAUGGAAAAAGUUCACAACACCCACUGGUUCCCUCAUCGUUAAUUAUUGAUCCAUCUGUGUAGACAUGUAACCAUGUGUCUCUAGGAUAUUUGUUUUCAAUUGUAGAUAGAGCAAGGCAUGAACCUGUUGUACAUAAAUUGCUUGAAUUUUUCAUUAUAUCUGCCUGUAAUUCCAUUUAUUGAUGUAUAAAGUGUUCUUUAUUUAAUGUUUCUCUUACUUCUGAAAUGCAUCUGACUGGCGGAAAGCCGUUAACUUUAAUGCUAUAUAAAUAUCUACGAUUUCGCCAUUGUAACGGGUGGAAUGAGCACCUAUUGGUGCAUAGCAUGGAAAAAAAUUCACAACUCCCACAUCGUCUUCAUCGUUAAACAUUGAUCCAUCUGUGUAGACAUGUAACCAUGUGUCUCUAUGAUAUUUGUUUUCAUUGGUAGAUAGAGCAAGGCAUGAACCUGUUGUUCGCUCAUAUGACUCAGAAUAUUUGUUUUUAUUGGUAGAUAGAGCAAAGCAUGAAUCUGUUGUUUGCUCUUAUGACUCUAAUUAAUCUGCAUAUCCAGCUUCAGACACACCGAGAUUUCUCCAUUCCCUAAAGGACAAACAGGCCUAUAGAGAAGCUGAGAGUUGAAGUGCACUCUUAAUUACAGUAUAAAAAGUACAAAAAGAAAGGAAAACAGAAAUUACAGAUGGUUUCUUAACAUUGUAUUUGUGUAAAUAGAGUAUUAAGGAAAAUAGUUGGAAUAUUUCCUCAAUAUUUGAAUAUAUAGAGAGUAUAAUACUAAUAUUUACUUGAACUAUUAACUGGUAUAUUUGUUAUAUGUCUUGAUGUGAGCUUGUAUUUAUUCCAUCAGUUUAUUGAUAAAACAUUGUCAUUGCUGCAUAUUUUAAUCUCUGCGCUUUUUGAAUUUCAACUGUUGUAGAAAAACUCAUC